CGUCGAUCUAUCCGUUAACCCUAAUCUCUCUCUCACCUCCCAUCCCUCUUGUUUCUCUGCAACUCCUCCAUUCAAGAAAAAUUAGGGAAAGUUACAAUUCUUGAAACCGAAAGAUUUCCUUGAUCUUUUGAUUAAAUUCAUCUCGUUUUGAUAAAAAUGGGGAAGCUCAUAUGUGAUUCAACCACUUCUUCUCCGGUAAUCCCAUGGAAAGAUCCAACUGCAGCUCCACCAUCCAUCGAUACCAUCGCCGCCGUCGAUUUAUCAGAGGAGAUGCUCGCCGCCACCACCACGACCUGGGAUGACGUGUCGGGGUUAGAAGACCAGCAGAAAAGGCACCUACAGAGGCUUCACGCCAAGGGAGUCCUUUGGAAACAUCCAGGGAAUAAAAUCCUUAAUCAAUGUCAAGAAGACGAUUCUACGUCCCCAGCGGCGGUGGUUUUCAGGCUGAGUCACGGCGGAGAUGUCGAGGCGGAUGGAAAUUGUUUGUUUACUGCAUCGCAAAAGGCGAUGGGGCUGACGGAGAUCAACGCCAAAGAUCUACGGAGGCGGACGGUGAGAAGGUUCUUGGAAGAUCUUGGAUCUGAGAGUGGGGUGCAGAGAGAAAACAUAGACGCGGCGAUUAAGCAUAUGUAUGUGCCAGAUCUAAGAUCUGGUUGGGGUAUACACGUGGUUCAAGAGGUGAAAUUUCUUGCGAAGAAGACAGAUCGUGAGUCUCUAGAUUCAGCUAUCGAGGAGCUCGUUAAUCUCGGUAUGCAGAGGGAAUUGGGUGCGGAAUCUAUUUAUAAAGAGAGAUGCAUUGGUGUAGAGAAUGGUGAAAACUGGGCCAAGUAUAUGUCGAUAUCUGGAUCUCCAGAUGAUGAGUAUGACAUCAUCACUUUGCAAUACACAGAGGAAGGUUUAUUAAGUGUAGAUGAGAACAGAGAAGGACACGCUGCAGCUUUUGGUGAUGAUAUAGCAAUUGAAUCUCUUGCUACUGAAUUCAAAAGAGAAAUUUAUGUGGUGCAAGCACAUGGAUCAGACGCCAUGGUUGAUGAAGAUAAUUGUGUGUUUUUCCUGCCACAUCGUCCUAGAAGUGAAAUAUGUGGACCUCCCUUUUUUCUCUUCAUGAAAGGAACAGGUUGGUGUGGAGCUGGUGGUGAUCACUAUGAGCCCUUAAUUGCUCAUUCAUCUUCUGUGGUGCCCAAUUCUUUUCCAAAAUUUUUGCUGCUGUGGAUGACUGUUCAUCACAUGGCGCCCAAUUAUCUCAAGUCAGGAAAACCUUUUAUGAAAUUUUGGUAUUGGCACGAGCAUGGUGUUUCAUCCUCUACACCACGACCAAUUAGAAAGGGAGCUGUCUAUCUUCCUCUUUUCUUUCUCUCUUCCACGAUCGUGGCUAUGUGGGGAAUUCUCCAUUUACCUUGUAGUGGUGAUUUAGGCAGAGUUGAAAGAAACCAUGCCCGUUUGGUUUGGUGGGGGGAGGGGGUUAUGGUCUAA